AUGCCAACUUUAGAUGUUCCAAUUGAUGAGUUUUUUGGAGAUAUCCCAGAGUCAACGAAAACCGGGUUAUACUAUACGGUCGUCACUCUUUUUGUAAUAUCAACAUUGGCUUCCACCUUACUAUCUGCUGCCUUUUUGGUGUUAUCUAUCGCUCUCUGGAGUCAUUUCAAACCGAUUCUAUUCUUUUGGUUCCUAUCUCAACUCACGUUUUCUGUUUUUGUACUAUCAGCGUCUAACUUAUUGAUCAAUGUCCCAGCAACACUAUCACUGCUUUCUAAAGAUGUCGCUGAUUCAGCCAUCUUCAAAUUUAUCUCAUAUCUUAUUGACUUCUGUCACUACUCUAUUAUUUUCUCUAAUCUGAUAAUUGCUGUUCAACGAGGGUUUGUCUUUUUCUUAAGAGAUUUGACUGACACAGUUUUCAAUCCUCCUAUUAUCUACGUCUGGUUAGCAUUGGUCUGGGUGUUAUCAUACGGUGUCGAAUAUAUUCUGAUGUCGUCUAACUGCAGCUACAGAUAUGAAGUAAAACCAAAACGUUACGAAAUGAAAUGCGAAUCUGUUGCCCAAUCUUCAUUGAUUGUAAACUCAGCCACGCCGGCAGGAAUUCAGUUGAAACUAUUCUUCAAAUAUUACUUCCUACGUUAA